AAUUCGCUAUAAACUCUCGAAGAGCGAAGACUUCGUUUUCCCUCUAUACAUAAAUAUAUAUACUGUAUAUACAAUAGGAAAAAAAGAGAAAGAUAGGAAGAUAAUAAUUAAGAAAAGACUCUACUUUAUUCGAAUCUCUUUUUAUAUGUGGAUUAUACUUGAGACAAGUUCUUAAAGAGCGAUUGGAUAAUUACUACUUUUAGUUUGUGUUCUAACUGUUAUGGUUAGAUAAAGAGGUAUCACUGCCAAAUUAUAUAGAAAGCAUUCCAGUCGCAGCUGCGUUUGACGAAAAACGCUUAAAACAGGUAAAAAGGAGUAUUAGGGCCGUUGGCAAAAAGUAUGCUAGAAAGGAAAUACUGCAGUUUCUUUAUCAUCUUAACGAUUAUCCAACUAGUUAGCGGACGGCUUAACCAAAUACAGAUUGGACAACCCGGUUCGGUUUUGGAGUUUUGCGGAAAUUCGGCAGAGGAACACCAAUUGCAAUGUUCGCCGAACGAAGUAAUUAUAAUAGAGAUGGCCGAUUAUGGAGAUUUCAAAGAUGGAGGUUGUGAUGUAUCAAGUAUCAAUAGAAAGAAGGAGAGAUGUGUUGUAAGUGUAAUAGAUAAACUGGAUAAAAUUUGUUCCGGGAAGCAGAUUUGCCGCUUUAUCCCCCCUACAACGGAUGUUAUUCAGGCCUAUGAAUCGCGAAACAAUUGUCCUGACGAGUUGAAGGCUUUCCGAAAGGAUUUACGAGUAAUUUUCCGUUGUUUGUCAGUUGUAGAGACGCCGUGCUCUCCCUGUAGGGAUUCACCAUUUAUGGUAGAUACUAAACGCUUCGGAGAUUCGGCUAGUUUAUCAGCAUUCUGUGAAGAUUCGUGUCCAACCUCAGUCCAUUUAGUGACAUCUCAGAGACGGCAAUUCAAUUUAACGUUGCUCGACUUUGGCUGGGAUUCAGAUAAUUCCGGAGAAUGCGAUCAACCAUUUUCACAAGUCAGAGACGGGCAACGCAAAAUAUCUGUUUGCCAGGGCGGUAAUCGCCGUCGGCAUCAUAUAAUUACGUCGUCGGCAAACUCACUACAUAUAGAGAUAAUUAAGAGGAAAACGCCCUAUCGUUUUCUAUUCGAAUAUCAUGUGUUUGGCUGCAAACUUCCUCCGAUGCCAGCCAAUAGCCGCGUAAAAACAACAAAGGACGGCAUAGUUAUUGAAUGUUUAACAAGCGAUCAUAAGUUUGAAUUAAUUUGUGUGGGAUCAAGUUGGGUUGGAAUGUUGGGCGAUUGUCGAGCAGAACCGAAAUCUCAGACGAGCAGCAGCAAACCGAUAUCGACUACUGCCACUAUCAUUUUAGUAAUCUGCGCGGCUAUUAUUAUUGCUUUCGUUAUACCUACCUCCGUCUUGUACGUCGUAAACAGGCGGAUGCGACGCAGUUUGCAAAAAGAGUAUGCUUUUGCACAGCCGUGUCCAUCUAACUACACAAAAAGUACCACAAUCUAUACUACAAGGCCUGCACCUUGCGAUCGAAUGGAUCAUAAUAAUCAUAUAUACGAGAUGCCCAACUACGACGUAAUUGAUGUUCCCUACGAUCACCAGAGGAGGAGUGUAAUGACUUAAAAGGAGAUGAAAAGGGAAUACUUCCAAGAUUCCUUCGAUACUCUAUCGAUAUUUUAUAAAUUCUAUAUAAAGCUAUAUUCAUAUAUUAGCAAACAAAUUUUUACAUCAAAUUAAGAAUGGAAAAGGAAACAUUUCAUUAGUUGAAAAAACAAAAUUUGCCUUCAAACCAUAUUUAACCUUUUACAUUUAAGAAGAGAAACUUUCUCAUCAAAAUAUCCUCCAAAUUUUGUUCUCAAUCUUAUUCAUUAAGUUAUCUUUUACAUAUUAAAAUAUUACGAGAAUUAAAGGGAAAAAUAACCUUAAUCUUAUCUAAUAUAGUAUUACAUUCUAACCUUUAGUUGCUAUUGAGUCUAUAUCUAACGUUACCUUGAACCGUCUAAUUAAUGUGUAUCAUUUCUUGUAUACUAUUAUUUAUAUACGGUAUAUAUACUGUAUAUAGCUAUAGCUUAAAUAUUGUCAAGUAAUCAUUAUUACUGAAAUGUGUCAUUGUAAAACGUUUAGAAGAAGUUUGAAUGUCUGUUAUCAUACAAAAUUUUCUUUUUCUCUCUUCUCCAUACUCUUCUCUUUUUUUUAUUCUUCUCUUCUUUUUCUUCCAUUCUUUUUCCUUUUAUUAUUGUUCUUAUUUUUUCUAUAAUAAAACUAAGUAAAAUUGACUCUAGCCAUUGGCUUAAAAGCAUCUAUCGAACGUUUCACUAGACGCCUCGUCUUACCUUUAAUGAAGCUAUCAAUUACAAGAAAGGAUCAACUAGCAAUAAGAUUUCUUAUUAAAAGAGCCUCAGGCGUCAGAUUUACG